AUGGCCUCCACACUGCCCUCACCAAAAGGAUUGGCUGAUUCUUCUGUUGCAUGUUGCCACUGCUUGUCCCUUUCAGAGCACCACAUGGAUAGACCUCGCAUGUCAACGGCUGAGGUGUCCGAAUAUCAGGAUGCUAAACGCGAGGCUGAAUCAGCCGGGGAGCACCACCUAGCUACGCCCCUGCAACAGGGCUCCACGAGGGCUUUUGCUUGA